GGAAGGAGCGGUGGGUGGCAGCUAAAAGGCGGGCCGUGCAUUUUUCGAACUUACGCACCGCUUUUAUAUCCCUCCCUCUUUCUUUCCCUCGUCUUCCUUCUUCCUUCUUCCUGUUAUGUAACGCAGCAUUCCACUUCCACUUUUUCUGUUUUCUCUUCAAAUAGAAUUUAUAGGCUCUCUCCUUGUAUUAAAUUGAUCUUUUGUUUGCUUUUAUUGCCCGCCUUUUUAGUUUUUAUACCAACAUAAAUUCCUUCAAUUGUUCCUUUCCCUCUCAUGGCGGCCGACUGGAGAGAAGAUCCGAGCCGCACACUUAAUCCAUCGCAAUGUCACUUUCAGUUGCUUAAUCCACAUUCUCAAAAUCACUAUCACAAUCAAUCUCCUUCUACUCUUUGUUCUUCCUCUUCUUCUUCUUCUCCUACGCUUGCAAAUCCGGCUUUCAUUUCCUCUUUUCAUAAACCGCAAUAUGGUCAUCCUUCUGAUAAUAAUAAAAGCAAUCAGUUGUCUAAUAAUAUUCCCUUCGCUUUCCAAUUGCAUGCUGAGGAGACACAUUCUGCUUUUAGUAAACUCGCGCUGAAGCAAACUAAUGAAAAAGUCAAUCAUGAGGCUCAGUAUGGUGGACAAGAACCCUUCGCCAAGCAUAACAAGGUACCUAAUCAUGUGCUUGAUCCUCAGUCUGCCACUCGCAGUAAGCGUAUCAAUAGAGCAAAGGUUUCAAAAAAUGGUAAAUUGGGGAUUCAAGGAUCAAAUGCUGAAUCUCCUAAUGGUCUGAAUCCAGCAACUGGUUGUCGAUAUGACAGUUCCUUAGGCCUGUUGACCAGGAAAUUUGUCAAGUUGAUUCAGGAGGACAAGGAUGGAACCCUUGAUCUGAACAGGACUGCAGAUGUGUUGGAGGUCCAAAAGAGGAGGAUAUAUGAUAUUACAAAUGUUUUGGAAGGAAUAUCAUUGAUAGAGAAAACUUCAAAAAAUCACAUAAAGUGGAAGGGCUGCGAUGGUGGUGGGUCAAAGGAGUUGGAUGCUCAUGUUAACAGAUUAAAGGCUGAAGUUGAAAGUUUACACGCUGAAGAACACAGACUUGAUGAAUCUAUAAGGCAAAAGCAAGAGCUUCUGAGGUCACUGGAGGAAGAUGAAAAUAACCAAAGAUAUCUCUUUAUGACUGAGGAAGAUAUUACAAGCCUUCCUUGCUUCCAGAAUCAAACGCUCAUUGCAAUUAAAGCUCCUCAAGCUAGUUACCUUGAAGUCCCCGAUCCCGAUGAGGAUAUUGGUUGUCCUCAGUACAAAAUGAUUGUUAGAAGCAACACCGGACCAAUUGAUUUAUAUCUGCUAAGCAAAUACAACCAACAACAUGAGGAUGUAGCCGUCAAACAAGUUAAUCCUUUGACCUCAACUUCUCCAAAGUGCUGUCCACACAGAAUGGAAACUGAAGGGCUAUCUUUCGAACAACAUUAUCAAAACAACAAUGCUGAAAUGUUCAACUCACUCUAUUCAGAGUCAUCUGGGAUCCAGAAGAUAAUUCCUUCAGACUGUGAUAUUGAUGAUGAUUAUUGGUUUCGAUCAAAUCCUGAAGUCAGCACUUCAGAGUUGUGGGGAGAGUCGAUUGGCAUUUUCUACAACAUAACAGUGAGGUUUUAGAUCUUUUGGAUGGCUUCUUUCAUGCUUCUUGGAAGAUCAGUACUAUUAUAGUGACGUUGUUCAUAAUGUAAAGGAAAAUCAGGUAGUUUAGUUGUUAAGAUGACCUGAAGGGUUCUCGUAAUAAAUCCCUUCACACUUGAAAUUGUAAAUUCUUUAUUCUUCUAAAGCUAGAUGCUUUUCCUUUAUUUAUUUAUUUAUUAAAUGAUUACAGUUA